AUGGAUUCUUUUCAACGGCGAAACAAUGACGACAAAGAUGACGUUAGACCAUUUUCUUUGAUGAUGGGGGAGCUGAUGAAGUGCAGUGCAUUAGCUACAGUGAAGUGCUUGGAUAGAGUAGUUGUGAUGUAUGAUUCUGAUGCUACAGUCAUAGAUAACCAGCCAUUGCUAUUGUUCUUGGAAAAUCAGCUCCUUUCAAGUAUGGAAGAUGAUAGCGAUGACGAUGAUGCUUUAGAGGUCAAAAUCAAAUUAUAUUUCAUCAGAUUGGAGAUAUACCAAAAGAACUACUUCAGUCAGAUUGUCAAACCAAUGAUGUACAGUCAAGAAGCCAACAAGCAGAUCGUCUUUAUGUAUAUUAAAGGUGACUGGGAUAAGUUGGGAUGUGGCUUUAAAAUGGUUGGCCUGAAGCUGUCUUCCCUGAUGGCAGAUCAGAGCCAGAAGAAGCCAGAAAUCUUUGAACUCAACAAUGGGACCAUGCAGGUCAAAGUCACCAAUCUGGGUUGCACCAUCACUUCCUUGUCUUUACCUGACAAAAAUGGGAAGUUAUCUGAUGUGGUUCUUGGAUUCGACUCUGUUGAGCCAUAUCUGAAUCGUGUUGCACCUUAUUUUGGUGCCAUUGUGGGUCGAGUAGCAAACAGGAUCAAAGAUGGGAAGUUCACUCUUAAUGGGGUAGAUUACUCCUUACCCAUUAACAGGCCUCCAAACAGUCUUCACGGUGGGCACAAGGGUUUUGAUAUAGUUGUAUGGGAGGUAGCAGAGUAUAAGGACUGCGAAAAACCAUCCAUUACUUUUAAAUACCACAGUCAUGAUGGAGAGGAAGGUUACCCUGGGGAUCUUUCUGUAACUGCAACUUAUACACUGACUUCAAGCAUGACAAUGAGACUUGACAUGGAAGCGGUGGCUGAGAAUAAGGCCACUCCAGUGAGCUUGGCACAGCAUACUUACUGGAACUUAGCUGGACACAACUCGGGAAACAUACUUGACCAAUCAGUUCAGAUAUGGGGAUCUCACGUUACUCCUGUAGACCAGAACAUAGUGCCAACUGGUGAAAUCAUGCCAGUUAAAGGCACCCCUUUUGAUUUCACCGCUGCAAAGAAGGUUGGUGCUUCAAUCCAUGAGGUUGGUUUAGGGUAUGAUCAUAACUAUGUACUCGACUGUGGAGAAGAAAAGGCAGGUUUGAAGCAUGCUGCAAAAGUUAAGGAUCCGUCAAGUUCAAGGGUCCUUGAUUUGUGGACUAAUGCUCCUGGGAUGCAGUUUUACACUGCAAACUAUGUGAAUGGAGUUGUCGGUAAAGGAGGAGCUGUUUAUGGAAAGCACUCAGGGCUAUGCUUGGAGACGCAGGGGUUUCCUAACGCCAUAAACCAACCAAACUUCCCAUCGGUGGUAAUUCAACCUGGCGAGAAGUAUGAGCACACUAUGCUGUUCGAGUUUUCAAUUGAGUGA